UUGGCACUAACAGGCUUUUGGAGUCUCUGUGGAUGACAGCAGGGAGCUGUACUGGAGAUGCUGUAGCCCCUACUACCGCUAGAAGACAAACACUGUGAUCCUCCCUCUUUGCCAAAGCUCCAGAGUGCAGCCUCAAGGAAUUAAAAAAACAACAAGUAUUUUUUCAUAAACCGAUGAAUGGGACUUUGCUCUGCGCUGAAUCCCGGGGCUGGCUCUACUUGGAAGUGGGCGCAUUCCAGACAGAAGGACAGCCUUUCCUUUCAGUGAGACCCGAGGUGGAAAAGACGCAGCAAUGACAUCCUACUGGCGAGAGCAGCAGUCGUGCGCAGCAGCAAAAUAGACGAACUAUUGUGGGGGACAGAAGAUUGAUAACACAACUGGGCAAGCGGAGAGAGCGGCAGAUGUAAUUUCCAAACGUUGCAGCUGGUUUUGUGCCAGUGGAGUGCUUGAUGGGUUGUUAUUGCAAUCAGCCCCCUUUUCAUCAUUCACAGCUUCCAGCGUUUCCAAAUUACUUGGGGAUCCCGGACGGCUGUCUGUGAGGGAGUAUUGCUGCAGAGACUAACGGGGAAUGCCAUGUGUCGUUGCGCGACAUAGAAGCUCUUUGUGGGCUGUUUUGCACCGGGGACAGGUGGUGCUGCGUGCGUGUGUGUGUGACUAGCAGGGGGGCGGCAUGGACACACAACCCCUGAGACAGUUGUCUUAGGGAUGUCAGGCCGGCGUACGGGAUCAGUUUUUGCCAGAGACAGGUGCGACAGGGAGGAGUAGUUUACAAACCCCUACACAGGAUCGGGUACGCACCAGGCUAUACGAGCCUCCUCUCUCUCCUCUGAUCUCUCUCGGAUUUUUUUGUAUCCAGUGGGACACGCUCAAAUUGACUUGUACACUCGUGGUCCCGGCUGUACCUUUUACCCCCUCAAAAAAUCCAGAGUCUGCGUUUUGUUGCUAUGGCGAUCGUGGCCCCUCCCUCCUCCUUCUUCCUACUGUGUUGGCUACUCCGAACGGCCAGCUCGGCGUUCCCUGAGGAACCAGGGCCUCUCAACUUUAUUCCCACCGAAGUGGUCAGGCGGUACCCGGUGUUUCUGGGACGACCCCAUCGAACAUGGCUGAGACAAGAGCCUCUACACAUCCAGAGGAUCCUGCAAGUCAAUCGGACACUCUACAUUGGAGCCAGGGAUGACCUGUUUCGUGUGGAGCUGGACAACGUGGCAGGAGAUGAGAUGUUUUACAGCAAGAAAAGAACAUGGGAGUCGAACAAGAACGACAUUCGGAUCUGCAGGAUGAAGGGAAAACACGAGGAUGAGUGCCGUAAUUUCAUGAAAGUGCUGCUCAGCAGACAAGGAGGUCUGUUUGUCUGUGGGACCAAUGCCUUCAACCCACUCUGUGCCAACUAUACUGGAGAUACUCUGGAAAUGGUAGGAGAGACGAUCAGUGGGAUGGCGAGGUGCCCUUAUGACCCCAAACACGCCAAUGUCGCUCUGUUUGCAGAGGGGAAUCUGUUUACAGCGACAGUGACAGACUUCCUGGCCAUUGAUGCAGUGAUCUACAGGAGCCUAGGGGACAGUCCCGCCCUGCGCACCGUCAAACACGACUCCAAGUGGUUCAGAGAGCCAUAUUUUGUUAGUGCUGUGGAGUGGGGACCUCACAUUUACUUCUUCUUCCGAGAAAUGGCCAUGGAGUUCAACUACCUGGAGAAGGUGGUGGUGUCCCGUGUGGCGCGGGUGUGUAAGCGGGACCUGGGCGGGUCUCAGCGCGUCCUGGAGAAGCAGUGGACGUCCUUCCUAAAAGCCCGUCUGAACUGCUCCGUCCCCGGUGACUCUCACUUCUACUUCAACCUCCUCCACUCCACGAGCCCCAUCAUCAGGAUGCACGGCAGGGACAUCAUCCUGGGAGUUUUCUCCACACCGGCAAACAGCAUCCCAGGUUCGGCAGUAUGUGCCUUUGACAUGGAGCAGCUGGCUGCAGUUUUUGAUGGGAGGUUCAAGGAGCAGAAAUCACCCGAGUCUAUUUGGACGCCUGUUCCAGAUGAAGUCAUCCCAAAGCCAAGGCCUGGUGGCUGUGCUGUUCAAGGUUCCCGGUUUAAUUCCUCCAACUCCUUCCCAGAUGAGAUGCUCAACUUUGUCAAGACUCAUCCUCUGAUGGAUGAAGCCGUCCCUUCGCUCGGACAGAGACCCUGGAUAGUUCGGACCAUGGUCAGGUACCAGUUGAAUAAGAUGGUCGUGGAUACAGAGGCUGGGCCCCAUAGAAACCGCACCGUCCUGUUCCUUGGCUCGAGCAGAGGGACCAUCCUGAAGUUCCUCAUCAUGCCCAACCAGGACAACACCGUCACCAACACCAACGUCUUCCUGGAGGAACUAGAGGGAUUCAACCCGGAUAAGUGUGCUGAAGACUCUCCUCAGGCCAGGCAGCUGCUGUCUCUCACUCUGGACCGGGCAAGCCACACUCUGCUCCUGGCGUUCCCCUCCUGUGUGGUCAGGGUCCCGGUGGCACGGUGCCAGCUGUACUCACGAUGCAUGAAGAACUGCAUAGCGUCCAGGGACCCUUACUGUGGCUGGACCAGAGGCAGCACCUGCUCUUUCCUCAGGCCAGGAACCAGACUGCCGUUCGAGCAAGAUGUUGAACAGGGGAACGUGGCCCACUUGGGUGACUGCGACGGUCUGCUGCUCCCGGAGAGUUUUAUGGAGGAGCCUGAUGGCCUGGUGUCAGUCAACCUGCUGGUGGUGUCUGCUGUAUCGGCCUUCGCCACAGGGGCCAUCCUCUCUGGCCUCACUGUCUGCUGGAUCAUGAGUCACCGACACCGCCGUUCUCGAGGCUCGGGGGCCAACAGCACCCGUCGCAAAGGUGACAAAGAGCAGAGCAUGCUGGGGCAGGGCCGCAGCGGGUCGGUAAUGAGCGUAACAAGAACCAGUGGUGGUGAGAGGCGCCGUUCACAGGCUGACAAUCCCUUUGUCACACCUAACGGCUGGCCCAAAGGAGAGAUGGACCCAGGCUUGCUGCCCACCCCGGAGCAGACCCCGCUACAACAGAAACGGGCCAUGCGUCUCCCAGACUCUGACUGGGACCAGAGCCAGACGUUCCUCACCUCCGUGGGGACUCCCUGCCCCAACAACUCUGUCAUCUACCUGAGCUCUAAGUUCCUGCAGGGUGGAGGAGGGGGUGGAGGAAUGGUCCGGUUAGAGGACCCAGGGGAGGUGGUGCUCCCCCCCCACACAGAACGUCAGCGCUACCUGGUCCUCGCCACCCAGAGAGGGGACCACGGGGGCAGCCGUCCCACCGGCACCCUGAGGAACUCAGCAGGAGAAUACAUCUACCCAGCCACGCCACAGGACUCCCCCGACCGACGGAGGGUGGUUUCUGCCCCCACUCCCCACAUGGACUAUGGGGAGCCUCGCUGGAGCCACGAGGGGCUCAACUACAACAGCAACAAUGGAGCACCCUAUCCCUCCCAGCGCCAGGGCCUCAUCAGGCCUGACAUGCAUGGGCCCCGAGGGCUGGGAGAACUGGCUGACUUCAGCCAUCUUCUAGGGAAGAACGUGGGAGAGCGCACCCCCAGUGGCCAGUGAGGUGUAGUGUGCCAUGAUACCAAGCUCUCUCUGAAAUCCCAUUCAACAGUAAACUGGAAUAAAUCAAUCCCUCAGACUCACUGUCCCUGUCCAACCUCACCCUGUCUGUCCUCUCUCACUGUCAUUCAAUGUCCUGACAUCAUUCAGCUGACUGAGGAGGCUGAUUCCUGAAGCCAGCCUUUAAGAGAGAGAGAGAGAGAAAGAGAGAAAGAGAAAAAAGAGAGAGUUGAAAAAAGGAGAAAACUCUCCUCGUGGCUCCUUUCCUCUGCUCUUUAUCGAAGGCACGCUCCUCUGCCCUGGAAGUGGUGUGAUACCCCGAGCCUUUACACCACUGGACAAACUGUAAGGAGCAGAGACGGGUACAAAGAAAGGGACAUAUGUUAUUGAGAAAAGGACAGUGUGAGAAUAAACUUAUUGACAAUUUAGCUUGGAGCACCAAAUGUGAAAGGUCUCCCUCCACUAUUUUGUUCUCAACAUAAACCUUGUUUGGGUGUGAAGUUUUGUUUCUGCUUUUGCUUUUUUGUGCCAUCGGCAUCCAGCAGACAACAAUGUGUUUUACCUUAGACUUCGGAUGAGAUAAUAUUAGACUAACACUGUUCUAGCUGUGCCAGAGGGCAAUGACUCUCACUGAAUCAUGCAGAGUGUAUGUCUGUGUGUGUAUGUUUAUGUGAGUGUGUGUGUGUGUGUGUGUGUGUGUGUGUGUGUGUGUGUGUGGCCACAGCAACCCCAACCAGUGUCCUGUCUUACUGUGAACAAUAAGUACGCAAUGAAGUUUCUGUCAGGAGGAAGUCCAUUUUGAUGUCAACGUUUUUUUUUUUAGUUCCCUUUGUAUAAACAAUCAUGGAGAGACAAGUGCAUUUUUAUAAUGUGUCUCUUUGAACUGUGUGUUAACCAAUCAGAGGUUUAAAUGGGUGACCAGUGGCUAGUGAAGGGGUGAGACAGUACCCACCCUUGUCUGUGUGAUUCCCAAUACCUCAGAAGCAGCACUGGACUCAGCCAUGACAAAGUGAAAGAGAGCAAUAAUAAGUGAGAGUCAGAGAUGAAGAUAAACGACUAAAUGAGGGUGAUACUUUUUACCUUAAUUUGCACCCCAGUUAUAUUUUAUAAUAUCAUUGUUUCCUCAACUAAACAUACAGGAACUCAGAGAAGAGAGCAGGGCAUUGGGGAAAAGGAGCAAUAUCUCCCCUCCGUUCCUCCCGCCCUCACUCCCUCUCAGUAUGCCUGGUUCUGUUUGACCUGACCUGGGGCCUCCCCGGGCUCAGCAGUCCAUUUGUAGGAGGGAAUGUGAGCUGUGGUUGUCUGGCUGUCUGACUGGGCAGUGAGGCCCGGCCACUGGGGAGCUCCAUUCAGCCUCUUCUGCCCGACACUGAGCCUCUUUGUGCCCCGGAGCAGGAGGAGACUUCAGCAACAAAUAGCCGUUAAGAGUCAGGGACCCAGCCCAGCACCCACAGCAUCCCAGCAACACAGAAUAUCAAUGAGGAGACAGCAACUCCAUCCUCCAUGCGAGAUACACAAACCCAGCCUGACCAUCUCGUAUGCCCGGCCCAUUUCUCUCACACCGGUGAUUUACUGGUCUGCCAAGACGAGGAGGAGCCGAGGGCCUGGAGCUGGGACCGAGGCCAGGGUUAGGGGCACUGUUAACCUUCACAAUGGUCAUCCCUAGUGGCCAUAUCCCUGUCUGUCUCUCAGUGGCUUUCACAACAAAAGCAGCACUGGCUAAACAAAACAGAUGGGCAUGGGUGGACUUGGGUGUGGAAUUACUCUUUCACUCCCUGUCUGUUCUUUUGAUGUUGUUUUUCUUGUUUUGUUUUCAUUUUUUGUCUGCUUUUAUCCCUUCUUGAUUCAAAUGUAGAUCCAGAGAUUUUGUUCAUCUGGGUCAGAGGGGUAGUGGUGGUUUGUGUGUGCUUGUGUGUGAGUGUGUGUCUGCAUGUGUGAGUUGCUCUCUGUCUUUGUGAAUAUGUUGCUCAUAUUGAGUGCAGAAAAGAGAGUUCAUCCAUUAUACUCUCUCCCUCGCCCUUCUUCUACUUAUUUCAUCUCUGUUCCUUUCUGUGUUGAGUCAGUAAUGGUGUAGCAACCCUGCACUAAACAUUCACACAUUAGUUUUACCUGUGAUUUAAUCCUGGGUAGAAAUACACUGUAUAGCUGGCAUAAUUAACAUUACAUGUGUAUUGGUAGCAAAGAGGCGCAGGAACUACGCUCGGCUCAGCUGAACAGACUUAGUCAAGGAGGGAUCAGCUGGUUGAUAUUAUCAACACACACAAAUAUGUUGUACCAUGUACAAAUCCACAGCUAGCGAAAGAGAUUGAUGAAAGCAAGAAGAGACAAAGAGGUUGGGUGGGUGAUUAUGAUGCUACCUGCAUUACUGAAUCACCAGUGUAUUUUUUUUUUUUUACACAUUUGUACACAUUCCACCAGCCACGCAGCCUUGAAAGGGGUCAUUAGUAUUGAGAACAAAGCCUUCAACCAGCCCCAUGCCCCCCAUCUCUGUCUCUCUCUAUCUCUCCCUCUCCAUCUCUGCCAUGGCCUAAGUGCUGUGUGUGUGAAUGAGGCCUCUCUCUCUCAGCCAUUGUACCCAGCGAGCCGUGUCCUUACCCUGCAUUUCCUCCAGUGUUUCACUAAACAUGCUUGAUUAGGCAAAGUACAUUCCCAGCCCUCUAAUGGCCUGAUGAGCCCCUGAGAAGAUUACUACAGACACAUCAGCCCAGAGAGGGCGGCGCACACUUACCAACUCUCACCCCUCUGCUAACCACCAGAAACUGCGCAUACACCCACACACACACACUCACGCAUGCACACACAAAUAGGUCCUUUAACCAAUUUCUGAAUGCAAUUGAAUUAGGAUCAGCAGUAGAGCUCAGGGCCAAGACCUAAGAUUAAGCUCAAACUGACUGUUUCUAAGAAAGGUACAUGAUAUUAUGUUACUAACUGCAUAAUACGAUUACCUCAGUCGGUGUUUACGGGACAGCUAAAGAAUUCAGGGGUUCCCUUGUGGAAGACAGUCUCUCCCCUCUUCUUUCAAAUCCCCUCUCAAGUUUCUCUCUAUCUAUCUCUGUCUCUCUUUCUCUUUGUGCACACACACACACACACACACACGCACACACACACACACACACACGCACAAAUCUCUAUCUAUAAUAGGCCCAUGCUGGGCUUUUGUCCUGUUUACCUGUCACUGUUAAAGGUUAGUUGGUUGAUUUAACAAGUCAGUGAUAGAAACACAAAUCACAGCUAUUCACCACAAGGCAGUCAAAUUCCCCUUCUAUGUCACAUCAGGUAAUUCAUGUUAGACAUUUUUUGAAACAUCUCCAAAGCCUCUCUUUCAAUACAUUGCUUUCUUUUGCAUGCAUGGAAUUGUGCUGAGAAACAAUUUCGUUAGGAGUUUUUGCUAUUUAUAGCCCCCAUAUUGCUCCAAGUCCUGUGUAUAUGCAAACACAUACAUUCUCUCUCUUACUCUGUCUCUUGCCCUCUCCCCACCCUACACACACACACACACACACACACACACUAUCUCCACCCACCCCUCUUGACCCAGUCUGUCUGUAUUUAUAUAUAUCAAGUUGUGUCUGUGUGCUUGCUGAAGAGACCAUGCCCUUGUGUGUUGGGGUUGUUUGUGCCGUGUGGCCCAGUGAUGUGAUGCCCCCCAGCCAGUAACUGCCAUCUUGCUACAGUGAUCUACAGUAUGUAUGCCCUAGAAAGAGUCCAAAAUAAGCGGCUAACUUGUAUGUAUCCACCACCACGCACUGGGGAGGAGUACCACGAAACUGCAGACCCACUCCCUUCCAAGCAAACAUAUGAACAGAUAAGCACAAAAACAAGGUGAAACAAAAUGAACGUUUGCUUUUUUGUAAAGUUGUAGAGAAGCAUUCUGUUAGUCAGCACUGAUCAUUUCUGUCAUGUUUGUUUUUUCUAUCGUUUGUUUCUGUGGUAGAUAUUUGGUUUGGAAUUAUGUGGAAUAUUAUUGUAUAUGAUUUCAAUUUCAAUUCUCUGGUGUGCCGGAUUUGAUGACAAUGAUGAAGAUGAACAUGAUGACUAUCAUCGUUAUUAUUGUAUUGACAAUGACAAUGAAACAGUACUGUGAGCAGCAUUGAAGUGUCACCUAUUUUGAUGCCUGUGCUGAAUCCGAAUGAAAAUGGAGGAGGAGGAGGAAGAGGAAGAGUAAAUGAACUCAAACAGACUGAGGUUAACAAAGAGACGCUACUUUUCUCCCAUAGAGUGGAGUCUCCUGCUACUGUGAAGGACCCUGCCGUCCUGUGGCUCUCACCAGAGGCUGGCCCUGUCCCUGGGACCCCAGGGCCACUGUCAUCAAAUGACAACACAUGUCUCUACUACGUGUACAUAACCUCAAUGCUUACAUGUAAUUUAAGUGCAGUAGCUGCAUGACGACACAGCCUCUGUGUGUGUACAGAAGUAGCGACGUGUGAAUUUGUACAGUACAUGCAAGUGUGUGUGCUUGUGUCCGCGAAAUAAAAAUCUGUCCAUCAUCACGCAAAAGCAACACAUGCAUGCACCCUCCAACAACUGCACAGCACACACCUAAGACUAAACACGCACAGACACACACACACACACACACACACACACACACACACACACACACACACUUUUCUCUCCAUGACUCUCAAAGGCAUGGAUUCACUUAGACAUAGCCGAUACAUUCUUUCAAACACAAGGACAGAUGCAUACACACACAUACAGACACACACACACACUUCAGCAGUUGUACACCGUUCUCCACACAUUGUCCUGAGCUCUGCCUGUCACUCCGCAUGGAGACUUUGCUCUAUGUCAACUUUCUUAUUCUAAUAAACCACUCAGACAUUGA